UAUUCUCACGCUUUACAUUUUCCAUGGAUCGCCGAAAAUAAAAUCCCCAUCGAACAAGUCAUCUUUUUGGAAUUUUGGGAGUAUAAGCCUGUAAAAGAAAGAUAUGCCAGUUCUUGAAUAUAUAUGAAGAAAGUUAUGACCAAUAUCUACAUUGUUUGAAAUGCCCAAAGAAGACACAAACACUGUAGAUGCAGAAGGGACAGACUAUGUAGACUUUGAUAAAAAGGACUGUGAUGAGGAUGAUUAUACACAACAACUGAGACUCAAGAGGGAACAAGCGAGACUAGAUACAUACAAAGACUGGCCACGUUCUUUACCAGUUCGUCCUGAAGAUCUGGCUAGAGAUGGAUUUUAUUAUCUAAAAACUGGUGACAGAGUAAAAUGCAUUUUCUGCAACCUUGUUUUAAAAAGCUGGGAAGAAGGUGACAUUGUUAGAAAUGAACACAGGAAGUUUAACUCUUGUUGUCCAUUUCUGUUAAAUAAAAACUGCGGAAAUGUGCCCCUGCAGAAUAGUCAGCCGGCGGUCAGCAGUGGUGCUGGACUGGUGCCCAGGUUCCCUGAAUACAGUAAGCCGGCAGCCAGGGAAGGAACAUUUCGGAACAAACCACAGUCAAUGAGACAGUCUGUAGAUGAACUAGUAGAAGCUGGAUUCUUCUAUACAGGGCAUGAUGAUUGUGUGCGAUGUUUUCACUGUGGUAUAUUGAUCAGGAACUGGGAACCAGAGGACGACCCUUGGUCAGAACAUAGACAGUGGUCACCAACAUGUCCAUUCUUAAAGUCUAAACCAGAAUCUACUGAAAGUUUUGAGAUGACCCCUGUGAUCAAGCGAGUAUUAAACAUGGGAUAUGAUAAGGAGCUUGUGAAAGCUGUUGUUCAACGAAAUAAAAGAAGUGGAGGAGCUGAAAUAACAGAUUUGAAUGAAUUAGUUGAUGCUGUUGAAAAACUUAGGCUCCAACAGGAAACUGUAUCUAGGGCUCAUGGUAUCACAAAGGAAACUGGAGCGUCUGGGACCUCUCAGAUUACAGAAAACAGUUUUCCAACCGCAGGAGCAUCUUCAAUAGAAGAUGAAUAUAAACUAAUGAAGGAUCAGAGACUGUGUAAGAUAUGUAUGGAACGAGAAGUGGAGAUUACGUUUACACCAUGUGGACAUUUAGUUGCAUGUGAACAGUGUGCACAACCACUGAAGAGAUGUCCUAUCUGCAGAAAGCUUAUCAGAUCUUGUGUGAAAACAUACCUGUCGUGAAUCAAACCACUUCAGAAAACAAAAAAUUAUAAAUAGAUAAUAGUUUGCAUAGCAUUGUCUAUUAAUAUUUAAUCAUGUACUCUCUGAUGAUGUCUGUAAGGUUUGUCAUAAUUCUGGCAUCGUACCCUAUGGUUACGGAAUGAAAUGAGUCAGAGGUGGGCGGAGGAUUGAGAUUGAGGUGAAAUAGUAUGGUAUCAUGAAGGUAUGAACCCCUGUAUGGAAUCAGUUAGGUGGAUAUACACUAGGACUGGGACGAUUACUCGAUUUAUCGGAUCCGAUUCGAUUACUAGGGGAAACCGGUUUCAAUUUUGCAAAACCAGUAAUCGCUCUCAAACAAUGAACAUCACGAAUUGUACUUUAUCUUUAUACAUUUCUUUCACCAGCACAUAGACCCGCAGUGUAUUUCCGCUAAAACACAUUGAACAAAGACAAUAGUCCUGGGUUAAAAAUUGCCUCUGGUGAUAUACUUAAAAUAGAAUACACCAAAAUAUGACUUAUUUAUUAUUAAACUGCUUUCAAACGAUAAAGUCUGUAAGUUCCUAUGAUGUCAGCUGCUGGAAGUACUUUGAUAUGGUCUUAAGGAAAGAAAACAGCACUUUCAGUAUGGCAGCCGAUUAACCGGUUCGGUUUGAUUUCAUACAAAUGGUUAACCGGUUUCUAAAUGUUGAAAUCAUCCCAGCCCAAAUAUAUACACAUUCAUUCCAUAUAGGGGUUCAUACCUUGAUGAUACUAUGGUAUUUCAGUAUGGAAAUCAAUGAAGGAGUUACAGGUAUAUUAUACAGGCAAAUGUUGUUCAUGAUGACAUCAUCUCUAGAACUAAAAUUAUUCUUCAUCCACCCAGGUUGGUUAUUUUGUAAAACAGAUAAAUAUUGGGAGAGGAUCAAUGGUACUGUUAGAUUAACAUGCAUAACUAAAGUACAUUCACAAAGGCAGCUUUUAAAUGUAACAAGGGCAAUGGUAUAUUGUAAAUAUUAUAAAAUGUUGAGCCUUUAGCAGCUUUUAAUGUAUCAGUCCAGGUGAACUGAGAUUGACCCAUAAGUAGGACUGACCAUCUUAAGUUUUACUGACCAUUUAAUAUUAAGUUUGACUGACUAUCUUAAACAUGCGACUGACCAUCUUUAGGUUGACUGACAAUCUUAAGCAGGACUGACCAUCUUUAGUUUGACUGACCAUCUUAAGCAGGACUGACCAUCUUAAGUAGGGCUGACCAUUUUAAGUAGGGCUGACCAUCUUAAGCAGUACUGACCAUCUUUAGUUUGACUGACCAUCUUAAGCAGGACUGACCAUCUUAAGUAGGACUGACCAUCUUAAGCAGGACUGACCAUCUUUAGUUUGACUGACCAUCUUAAGCAGGACUGACCAUCUUAAGUAGUGCUGACCAUCUUAAGUAGGGCUGACCAUCUUAAGCAGGACUGACCAUCUUUAGUUUGACUGACCAUCUUAAGCAGGACUGACCAUCUUAAGUAGGGCUGACCAUCUUAAGUAGGGCUGACCAUCUUAAGCAGGACUGACCAUCUUAUGUAGGGCUGACCAUCUUAAGCAGGACUGACCAUCUUAAGUAGGGCUGACCAUUUUAAGUAGGACUGACCAUUUUAAGUAGGGCUGACCAUUUUAAGUAGAACCAGCCAUCUCAAGUUUGACUGACCAUCUUAAGCAGGACUGACCAUCUUUAGUUUGACUGACCAUCUUAAGCAGGACUGACCAUCUUAAGCAGGACUGACCAUCUUAAGUAGGGCUGACCAUUUUAAGUAGGGCUGACCAUUUUAAGUAGAACCAGCCAUCUUAAGUAGGGCUGACCAUCUUAAGCAGGACUGACCAUCUUUAGUUUGACUGGCCACCUUAAGCAGGACUGACUAUCUUAAGUAGGGCUGACCAUCUUAAGCAGGACUGACCAUCUUAAAUAGGGCUGACCAUUUUAAGUAGGGCUGACCAUUUUAAGUAGGACCAGCCAUCUCAAGUAGGGCUGAGCAUCUUAAGCAGGACUGACCAUCUUUAGUUUGACUGACCAUCUUAAGCAGGACUGACCAUCUUAAGCAGGAGGACUGACCAUCUUAAGUAGGGCUGACCAUUUUAAGUAGGACUGACCAUUUUAAGUAGGGCUGACCAUUUUAAGUAGAACCAGCCAUCUCAAGUAUGACUGACCAUCUUAAGCAGGACUGACCGUCUUAAGUAUAAUCGACCAUCUUGAUGCAGAUUUGAACAGUGACAUUGUAUACAGGGUAACUUAUCUUACAUUUUAUAUUCUGUAGGGCAUUUGUCAGUUACAAGAAAACUAAGUUAAACAGUGAAACACAGUACGAUGGUUAGGUUUCCCUAAUUGAAGAUAUGUACAUAAUUAUCCUGGGCUUUAUCAGUUACUUGUUUAGAAGGUUAAUAUUUGCUUUGCAAUAUUUACAUUACAGUCCUGUAUCUGAUAGGUGUUAUAAAAUAUUCAGUUCAAAAGUUGAACUCUUUUCUAGUCUUUAUUACUGUGAAAUCAAUUAAUUGUGUGGGCAUAAAAUUUUGUUGUUUUGGCAAAAAUGGCUAUUUCAUUGGGAAUACAAAACAUGUAUACAAUAAUUGGGAAGUUUAUUUGCUGUUUGGGAUUAAAUUUUGUGGAUUGACUGAACCUCAUAGUCCACAAAAAAAAAUCCCUCAUUAUAUUAAUGAUUUUACAAUAUAUGAUAACUGUUUGUAUAUACUGUACUUUUUUGUAAGGUUUUCUCAAAACUAUUAAUUUACCAUUAAUCUGGAUGUUAAAGAAACUACACAUAUAAGUAUGAAAAUAUGCUAAGUUCAACUUCAGGUCAUGUAUAACCAUAGUGAUAAUUUUUAUUAAAGUAAAAACUUUUUUUUUUUCAUUGUGCCAUGGAAUACUGUUAUGUUAACAGCGAAACAUUACACAUAUCAGUAAUUUUGUACACUUGUACACUCAUUUCCUAGGAAUUUUAGUUUUUAAGAAUAGUGGAAAUUAUUGUGGUUAAAUUUGUUGUCAAGUUGUUGCUGUAUAGUUCAAAUGAUGUCAAGUAAUUUCUGGUUCUUAUAAUUCCCCGACUAAAAAAUAUGUAUUGUUAACAGAAUUUAUUAUUAGCAUGAUAUACUGUUAUAAUAUUGUCCCUGUGAGAUUGAUUUGGAGUUAAAUGUGGCACUGAAAUUGUCUGCUUUGUGUUCCUGUUGAUAAGAUGAUGUUACAGUGAAUUCAAUAUUGAUUUAUUUGUCAGAUUUUCAUGCUGCUAAUAAUAUGUAAAUUAUAAAUUGGAAUAUGAAAUCCUGUUUAGAUAUUAUAGUAUGGGGUUUAUUAACUUUGGUUCUAUUUUUAGCUAACUUACACACAACUUAAGUCACAAUAAGAUCUCGGUUCUUUUCGAAAACUGGCUAGAUUCCAUCAUGAGUUCUAGAGUUGUUGCCCCUGAAAGUGUCAAAAUUUUCUGUUUUGACGCUGGUUCAUUUUUGCUUUGAUUUGAUAAAAACUUGCACAGAAUGUUUAUCUUGAUGGUCUCUAGGCCAAGUUUAAAACUGGGUCAUUUGUGGUCAAAAACUAGGUCACCCGUUCAAAUCAAAGAAAAGCUUGUUAACACUCUUGAGGCCACAUUUAUGACCCUAUCUUCAUGAAACUUGGUGAGAAUGUUUAUCUUGAUGAUUCCUAGGCCAAGUUCAAAAGUGGGUCAUGUUGGUUCAAAAACUAGGUCACCCGAUCAAAUCAAAGGAAAAGCUUGUUAACACUCUUGAGGCCACAUUUAUGACCCUAUCUUCAUGAAACUUGGUGAGAAUGUUUAUCUUGAUAAUUCCUAUGUCAAGUUCAAAACUGGGUCAUAUGUGGUCAAAAACUAGGUCACCACACAAAUCAAAGUAAAAGCUUGUUAACACUGUAAAAGCCACAUUUGUGACCCUAUCGUUAUGAAACUUUGUCAGAAUGUUUAUCUUGAUGAUUCCAAUGCAAAGUUUAACAGGUGCGCGAUAUAGGGUCAUCACGACCCUCUUGUUUUAUUAAGGCAGAAAUUUGAACUUAAGUUACAAUAUUCAAUGAAACCCCAUAUUUGGGCUUUGGUUAUUAUUCCAUAAAAACCCCAAAUUAGUUAUAUUCAAUUUAACUGCAGUUCCAUUUUCAAUGAAGACUCAAUUUUAAAUUUUUGUUAAAAUAUUAUUCUAGGUUACAUUAAAUUGUAUUCGCAGCAGUCAUUUUGCACUAUAGUGGUCUAACAUGCCAAUAUGUCAAUGUAUUUCAGAUAUUUAUCAUUUGAGCCCCGCCGUGAGAAAACCAACAUAGUGGCUUUGCGACAAGCAUGGAUCCAGACCAGCCUUAGCAUCCACGCAGUCUGGUCAGGAUCCAUGCUGUUCGCUUUCAAAGCCUAUUGCAGUUAGAGAAACUGUUAGCGAACAGCAUGGAUCCUGACCAGACUGCGCGGAUGCGCAAGCUGGUCUGGAUCCAUGCUGGUCACAAAGCCACUAGGUUGGUUUUCUCAUGGCUGGGCUCAUUUGAUGUGUCAGUUAAAAUUUAUUCAGUUAAUGACAGUCUUGAUAUUAUACUGAUAAAGUUUAUUGUUAUUAUAUAUAUUGAUUGUGUUGUUGAUUUUAUGAAAUAUGCUUUAAAUGUUGCAAUAUUUGAGAAUAAUUUCUCUAGAUGUAUUUUAGUAGUUGUUUUAACUGUAUAUAUUUUAUAUAUUGUCACAAAAAGACAUUUUUUAUGGUUUUAGUGGUGUUAUAUAAUGUAGGGACCAAAAAUAGUAUUUUUUUUUGAAAAUUUCUGUAAUUGACAGUGUGGUUAUUUUGUGGAACAAAUUUUGUACUAAAAUUUCAUGCAAAAAUUAUACAAUAAACAAACUAAUACCAUCAGCAAAGAGGCAUUUUCUAUUUUUUUAAAAGAUUUUUUUGCUUUGAAAGAUUUUUAAACAAUUCUAUAGUCUCUGGGGCACAGACAAACCAUUAGCCCAAAAUAUCUGCUACAUGUAUUUUAAAAUACAUAAUUGAGUAUUUAAUAUUGUUUGCUGAUCUGUAAACUGAUUAAAUGGCAUAAGUUAUCCUGUACCAACCCCAGUACCCAGGCAUGUUCCUAAAAUACAGUAAGGCUUUGAAUAAAAUUCCUGUAUUUAAAAAUAACAAUGUAGCAGGCCUAGAAAUUCAUUUUUCGCUGGGCCUACGAUAAAUUUGCAAUGGCUGGAAACAACUAUGGUUAUGAAGCACAGCAAAAACAAAUAAGAACAAUAAAGCAAAAACAAUAUAUUUGUUCCAUUGGUUUCUUUGGUAAAGAGAGAGUUUAACCUGCCUUGCAUAAAUAGGUUGCUUGCAGCAGUAGAAACAGCUUAUAUAUUUAGUAAACAUUUAAUUAGCAGAUUUUAUACCUGCUUCAAACUGUGGGUUCACCUCUUUCACCACUCCAAGAUGAAAAGUACAUGCAAUGUUUAAACCAUAUUAUUGUAACAUUUGUCAUCUGUCAAAUGCCUCAUGUUAAACAGAAUUUUUGCAUCCUAUUGUAAUGUUUUUAAAUUAGUAACUUUUUGUGUUAAAUAUUGUUUUAUUAUACGCCCUAAGGAACGUAUUAUGUUGUGACGUGGGUGUCCGUCUGUCUGUCUGUCUGUCUGUCGAUUAGCAAUUUCGUGUCCGCUCUGAAACUCUUGAACCCCUUGAAGGAUUUUGAAGACACUAGAUGCAAAUAUUCGCCACACUGAGACGAUGUGCAGAGCGCAUGAUUUGGAUGGCUUGCUUCAAGGUCAAGAUCACACAAGGGGUCAAAGGUCAUAUGACUGUUUCAUGUCCGCUCUGUAACACUUGAACUGCUUGAAGGAUUUUAAAGAAACUUGGCACAAAUGUUCACCACAUUGGGACAACAUGCAGAGUGCAUGUUCCGAAUGGCUUGCUUCAAGGUCAAGGUCACACUAAGGGGUUAAAGGCCAUACCUUUGGGCGUAUGUUGCUCCGCUUUGCGGUGCUCUUGUUUAUUGCAAUAUCGUAGUGGUAAUUUUAGCUGUGUUUAAUUUACACUUCAGAAAUUUUUAAUUCAACAAAUUUCUGAAAAUGUUCUGUCAUUUAUUUUAGUUUUAUUUUAUUUAUUCUUUAGCAAUUUUUGAAGUAAAUAAAUGUAAGAUGUGCUGUCAUGUGUUUAAGCUGUGUUUUAUUUUCCCUUCAGCAGUUUUUACAUUCAACAAAUUUGAGAAGAUGUACUGUCAUGUAUUGUCUUUCUUAAAUCCAUGAAUUUUUUAGGUUGUUUCUUCACAAAAAAAUCUGAUGCAAGUUUGAAGUUCUGCUUCUUGAUAGAUCUUGCAAAUAGUACUUGUAAAUUUCAUGUGCAUGACUCAAAUAUAGUUUUGUAGAACAUAUUUUUACUGACAAUUUUCUGCAGUUCUGUACUUGUAUAUAUUUUUAGCUCACCUGAACUUUGUCCAGGGUGAAGUACUGGUAUAGUUGAAUGAUCCAUCCUAAACCUUCUAUAAAACUCCUGGGGCAGAAUGACACUAAACUUUGUCCAGAGCCUCAUGGCAUGGAUCUCUCUCAUAUUUGUUCAAAUGCUUGUCCCCAGUCCCGUUAAGGGGUGCCAGAGCAAAGAAUAGAACAAACACCUUGAAACAACUUCUUCUCAUGAACCACUUGAUUAAUAUUCAGCAAUUUUGUUGUAGCAUGCUUGGACGGUCCAUUCUCAGAUUUUUCAAACGGUUAUGCUUGGUUGGUUUUAGGGGCCUCUGGAACUUAAAAUGCUUAAAACCUUUAAAUAACCUCUUUACACUAACCACUUGAUGGAUUGACAAAAUUCAGUCUGUACCAUUCAAAUCGUGUAAGAUCUGAUAAUAGAAAAAAGCUCUAAAAAUCUUCAUCUCAUGAACAACUUCAUGGAUCAUCACCAAACUUGGUCUGUAGCAUCAUGUAUAGACAGUGGAAGCAAGACUAAGCAAUCCAGAAAAAGGGAAUGUUUCAUAUAUUUCUUUUCUCAUGAACUGCUUGAUGGAUCUUCAUUAAACUUGAUUUGUAGCAUGAUUAUAAGGCCCUUUUCCAAACUUUUUCAACUGAGGACACCUGGCCCCUUUAAAGUGACUAACCCACACAUCGUGGUGUGAGAGCUUAUAAAAUCAAACGUUUCCUAUAUUCACCUUUAUGUUGCAUAUCUGAUGUUCUAACAAUGUAUUUUUCAUUGGAUUCUGAAAUGUAAUUAUGUUUAAAAACACUCCGGCUUUAAUAUGAUCUAAUGUUUUUCAAACUUUCCUUUUAUAUUUUUAGCUCACCUGAGCCAAAGGCUCAUGGUGAGCUUUUGUGACCGCCCAAUGUCCGUCGUGUGUUGUGUCCGUCAACAUUUUAUAAAAAAAUCUUCUUCUUGAAAACCACUGGGCAGAAUUACACCAAACUUCACAGGAAUGAUCCUUGGGUGGUCCCCUUUCAAAAUUGUUAAAAGAAUUUAAUUCCAUACAGAACUCUGGUUGCCAUGGCAACAGAAAGGAAAAACUUAAAAAAUAUUCUUGUCUAAAACCGCAAGGCAUAGAGCCUUGAUAUUUGGCAUGUGACAUCAACUUAUGGUAAUCUAUCAAGAUUAUUCAAAUAAUGCCCCUGGGGUGAAAAGAGGCCCCGCCCAGGGGGGUCACAAGUUUUACAUAGACUUAUAUAGGAAAAAACUUUAAAAAUCUUCUUGUCUAAAACCACAAGAGCUAGGCCGUUGAUAUUUUGUAUGUAGCAUUGCCUCUUGGUCCUCGACCAGAAUUUUUCAAAUUAUGCCUCUUGGUUGAAAAGAGGCCCUGCCCCGGGGUCUCAAGUUUUACAUAGACUUAUAUAAGAAAAAAACUUUAAAAAUCUUCUUGCCUGAAACUGCAAUGCUUAGGCUUUUGAUAUUUGGUAUGUUGCCUGUCCUAGUGUUUCUCUACCAGAAUUGUUCAAAUUAUGUCCCUGGGGUGAAAAGAGGCCCUGCCCUGGGGUAUCAAGUGUACCAUAGACUUAUAUAGGAUAAAAACAAUUAAAGAUCUUUUUGUAUGAAAGUUCAAGGCCUAGGACUUUGAUAUUUGGUAUGUUGCAUUGCCUGGUGGACCUCUAACAAGUUUGUUCAAAUUAUGCCCCUGGGGUUAAAAGAGGCCCCACCCUAGGGGUCACUUGUUAUAAUUAUUUAUAGUUAUACAGGAAAUUAUACUAAAAAAUAUUUUCAGAUCAUAUUUCCUAGAAUGUUUAAUUAUAAUUACCUGAUGACCUCAAGUGAUUAGGGAUCACUUGACUGUGACCUUAACCUACUGACCUACUUUCUUAUUUUUUAAGAUACAGGCUUGAAAUUUGGAUGACAUGUACAGUUUUGCACACCAAUCUUAAAACUGACUUUCAGUAAUCAUGAAUGUGACCUACUGACCUACUUUCUUAAUAUUUUAGGCUCAGUUUGCCAUUUGAAACAUAUGGUUCAUAUUACUCAGGUGAGCGAUCCAGGGUCAUCAUGACCCUCUUGUUUAAACUGUACGGGUUAGUUUUAUAAAUUUUAUAACAAUUUUAUACUUCACUUUAAUAAAGGCAUUGCCCAGUCAUAAUUUCAGUAUCGAUUGAGUUAAAGAUACUACCGAUUUUAUACGAAAACAAGAAACAAAACAAUGAAUUAGAAAUCUGAUUAUCAGAGAAAAACAAACUUACACGAAGUAUGUAAUGCAAAAAAAAUGUUGGUCGAAUGCAAGUUUUGAACCAUCAAAACUAUCACUACAAAAUGAAUAUAUAUCCAUCCACUCAACCUACUGCGCUAUCAAGUCAACUUUUGACUUUCAUUGUGUAUAUUUACUUUAAACAAGAGUGCUACUGAUUGUUUGUUUAUGUAUUGCUAAAAUUAAAAAUGACAUAAUACUGUGCGAUACCUUAUAGUCUAUAGAUAUGUGUGCAAUCUAUUAUUAGUGAUGGAAGCAAAAUACACGCAUGCAGAGUUUUGGUUUGCUGCCCAAGUGAUGAAAGUGUCUUAAAAUACUGUAGAGUCUUGUUCUAUAGUUAUAUCAAUGAUUACAAAAUAAAGCAUUGCAACGGUUUAUAAAAGUGCAUUAGAAAAACUGCGAAAACUCGAAGAAUGUUCCCGUAAUUCUGGAAACUAAUCAACCAUUAAGUGUCAUGUACUUGCACGAAACACUGGUUGCAUUUUGCCUUUUGGUAAAUAAAUUAUUUUAGAAAACACAAUUCACAAUGUAUGGGUUAAUCGCUUUAAGGGGCUGCUAGAGUUAAACUAGAAAUACCUUUAAACAACUUCUUCUAAUAAAUGUCUUGAUGGAUUUUCAUUCUUUUUUUUUGAAAGAUCAUUUAAUAAGAUCCUCUCUCAAAUUUGUUCAAAUGGGGGCAGUUGACCCCUUUUAGGGGCUGCUAGGGCUAAAAGUAAAAAUACAUUUCAAUGACUACUUCUUGUGAACCACUCAAUGGAUCUUCAUCAAACCUGGUCUGUGGCAUCAGUAUAAGGUCCUCUCAAAAAUUUGUUAAAGUUUGGGGUAUUUGGCCCCUUUUUAGGGUCAGAUGGUUAAGGUCCUCUUCAGGUGAGCCACUUAGGCCCUAUUGGGCCUCUUGUAGGAACUUUCUAUCUGUACAAACACUCUUUUUAGUCAAUAAAUUAUGUAGAAAACUGAAAUGCAUAAGUCAUGCUAUUGAAAUUUGAUGCAGAAUGGAAGAGAAGAAAUUUAGCUGUAUUUUAUAUGAUAAGUAUUAAAUAUCCACUUAAACAAUAAUGGUUUAUCAUUUUCGAUACCUAAUAUCAGUUGCUAUCAGUUAAAAAAAAAGAAAUUUUAAUGUCCAUCUGGAGUCAUGUUGCUUUAAGUUUUCUAUGAAAUCUUUUUUGUGAAGGUUUCUUUUGGUUCCUGUAUGAAUUAAACAGUUUCACAGUCAUACGACGGGCAUUCAAUAUGUAAUGUUACUGCUAUCAUAAAACAAGGAAAUAAAAAUAUAUCAAAACAGU